AUGGGGAUCUGGUUGCAAAGCCUUGGUAGCGGCAAACAGUGGUACAAGGGAAACAUGGAGAAAACUGACUGCGUGACCCCUGCGAAUGCGAUUCCUGUCAUUUCUACUCUGACACCAACGGAUUAUGUGGAGUGUUUACGAGACGCGCUGGAAUGCCAAUCCGGUGAAGUUGACCGGACAAUUACGUCAAUGGAAGGAGAUUGUGUUCGUCUGGAGCUAACCAUGAACAUCCGAUUCCUGUCCAGGAUUUGGGCCAUAAAUUUCGAGUUCGAUCUCGAACCUUUUGCUCCAGACCGAAUGGACUCGUUAGUGUCAAAGGUACGCUAUCAACAGGAUGAAUUGAGUCGGAUGAAGCAGCACGAGACGAAAUUGCAGUGCGAAUUAGCCGAGCUACGAGCACAAGUUGCGGCUCCGUGCAUCCUGCUUCAAGCAUCGCACAGAGAUACAAUGGCGAGACUUCAGUGGGAACCAGUCGGAUCGGAUAGCUUCGUAUUGAACGGCCGGCAUGGUGACAUCAGAAUUCGCGAGCCGGGUGUUUACACGAUCGGGGUCUGUGUGAGCGGCAUUUCCAAAGUUACGGGCAAAAUUUCGCUCUGGAAGAAUGGUCGAAACAUUCACCAACGAUGCUGGCUUUGA